AUGUUCUGGGGUGACAAUUACCGACUUCUAGUCGUACUCGUCGGUUUCUUCUGCCUCGUUUCGAUUUGUUCCAAUCACAAUGUCAUCAAUUUCACAUUUAUCUGCAUGCAGGAUGAUUUCUCUGACGCUGUGGUUGAUGCCAAUGGGGUUGGUUUUUUUUUUUCAUUUUCAAAAAAAGAAGGGAAAAUGAGCCUUUUUCGUUCAUUUCAGUCGAAAAUCAGCCAUUCCAAAUGUAGCCUUCAAAAGGAAACCACCGUAACCUUAACCGAUCCACUCAUAUCAUUCUCUUUUUGAUUGAUCAACCGAUUGAAAGAGUAGAAAAAAAAUGACAACCUUUGAAGUUUCAAGGUCAUCUUUCAUUUUUUUUUUUGGGUUCUUCUUCGGUAUCGAAAAAAGGGGUAAUUUUUGCAUUUUUUCCGGCAAAAAAGCCCAUAGUGGAUCCGAACCGCGAACUCUCGAUCAUCAACCAAGGCUCUUAACCAUUACAUCACUCUUUCAACUGCUUUUCUAUUAGAGCAAAUCUUAUUAGAAAAAAAAAGCAGAAGGGUCCAAAAUUAUAACUCCUUGUCCAUCAGAGACCUUUUUCCGGCAAAAAGCCCCUAGAGGAUCCGAACCAGCGACCUCCUUCUUUCAACUAAGACUCUUAGCCAUUACACACCUCUUACUUCACCUGCUUUCUCAAUCAGGAAAAAUCUAUCAGAAAAAAGGUCCACAAUUAUAACUACUUGUCCAUCAUAGACCUUGUUCGCCAAAAACCUCUGGUGGAUCCGAACCAAGGACCUUCUGCUCUCCAGCCAAGGCUCUUAGCCAUUACACCACUUUUCCUUCAACUGCUUUUUUUAUUGAAGAAAAACUUAUCAGAGAAGAAGCAAAAAAUAAAAAAAUUAUAUCAGCUCUUUCGUCAAAACCCUUAUUCGCCAAAAACCUCUGGUGGAUCCGAACCAGGGACCUUCUGCUCUCCAACCAAGGCUCUUAGCCAUUACACCAUUUUUCCUUCAACUGCUUUUUUUGUUGAAGAAAAACUUAUCAGAGAAGAAGCAAAAAAUAAAAAAAUUAUAUCAGCUCUUUCGUCAAAACCCUUAUUCGCCAAAAACCUCUGGUGGAUCCGAACCAGGGACCUUCUGCUCUCCAACCAAGGCUCUUAGCCAUUACACCAUUUUUCCUUCAACUGCUUUUUUUGUUGAAGAAAAACUUAUCAGAGAAGAAGCAAAAAAUAAAAAAAUUAUAUCAGCUCUUUCGUCAAAACCCUUAUUCGCCAAAAACCUCUGGUUCCAGCACCCUCAUGUUCUGUAACCAAAGCUCUUAGCCAUUACACCACUUUUCCUUCAACUGCUUUUUUUUAUUGAAGAAAAACUUAUCAGAGAAGAAGCAAAAAAUAAAAAAAUUAUAUCUGCUCUUUCGUCAAAACCCUUAUUCGCCAAAAACCUUUGGUGGAUCCGAACCAGGGACCUUCUGCUCUUUAGCCAAGGCUCUUAGCCAUUACACCACUCUUUCAACUGCUUUUCUAUUAGGGCAAACCUUAUCACAAAAAAAAAAAGGGAAACGAUCCAAAGUUAUAUAUCCAAGCUACUCUUUCGUCAAAGACCUUGUUCGCCAAAAACCUCUGGUGGAUCCGAACCAAGGACCUUCUGCUCUCCAGCCAAGGCUCUUAGCCAUUACACAACUCUUUUUUUAAGCAGCUUCUCUAUUAGAGCAAAUCUUAACAGAAAACAAGGGAAAGAUUAAAAAAUUGUAUCUCUUCUUUUGUCAAAGACCUUGUUAGCCAAACCUCUGAUGGAUCCGAACCAGCAACCUCCUGAUCUCGAGCCAAGGCUCUUAGCCAUUACACCACUUUUUCCUUGAACCGUUUCUCUAUUAAGGAAGAUCAAAAAUAUGUCCAUAAAAGCCUUUUUUGCCAAAAAACCGGACCAAGAUCGGAACCAGCAUCAAAAAUCUGCCAGUCAAAGCUCCUAUCCACUAUGCCAUCCUUCUUCCAUUCACAUGAAAGUGAAACGCACCACACAAUGCAAAGAAAAGUAAUAACUAACGAUAAUCAAGGGAUAAUAAAUGAUAGGGAGUGGAACAGGUUUCAAUCGUCGAUUUUUGCAUCGCUGUAAAAAAGUCUCCUGUUCUUCUCGACCUUCGUUCGAGACUUGUACAACGCGAACACGAGUUUCUCGUUUCUCACAGCCCUUUGUCAAACGAUUAUCAGUUGCAAUUUAUGGCCUGAUGGGGUUCAGAAUGUAUUUUGAACCGAAUUAAAAAAAGUUGAGUUCGAAAUAUUACUGGAGUUGUGUGUAGGAAUGACUUGACGCUCAAAAAUGCAACGGCGCAAGUCGUUUGGGGUCGGGCGCAACCUAAAUGCGCCUAUAGUGUCUCAAGCAACAGUGCAUAAACUAUAAGUUAGUUUUUUUGUUUCGAAAAAAAGUAUUUACUAAAUUUUUUUCUCGAACACAAAAAAAUUUCAGAUCUAAUGAAAAAAAUAAAAUUACAGUAAAAUGAGCAAUGCAUUGGCUAAUAUGAGCAAUAAGUGACUUUCGACUGAGUCGGCUUUUUUUCUAAUAUGAAAAUAUUCUUCGGAAAAUCUCAAAUUAAUGUCUAGAAAUUUUUUUAUUAUCCAGUUUGAUAAAAUCUAUAAAAUGAGCAACAUCUUCCAGACGAUGCGCAGCAAAUUCGACUACACGCCUGACGAAAAAUCGAAAAUUCUAUGGGCUUUGGCGGUUGGAACCAUUACCGGCACGAUGCCAGUCAACUACCUGUAUGUUCGAUUUGGGGCCAGGUAACUUUUUUUCAAUUAUUAUGACGUCAUGGAGCUCAAAAAAAAAGUAUUAUGACGUCAUUUUUCUUGAGUUUCAUGACGUCAUCUUCGAUUUCAUUUGAAAAUUCAAUAUUAGUCAAAAUUUCUGAGUGAAAAAUGCACGUCAUGUUGAAUAAAUCAAUCGAACUAUAACUCAUUAUGACGUCAUAUUUUGCCUCUAAUGACGUCAUUACUAGUUCAAGAAGGCUUAAAACUGACUUAUCAGCUUCAGAUUGGAUAAAGUUUAUAAUUAUCAAAUUUGGAAGACUUUCAUAUUUUCUGACGUCAUUUUCCUGAUCCGUAUGACGUCAGAGGUUAACCGUGAUGACAUCAUCGAAAAAACCUUUUUUAAGCUUCAAAGAAGAGCCUCUUUUGAUUGACUAUCUUAAAACUCUCCAAAGAACCAACAAAGACAGCGAAAAUCAAGGCUAGACGAACAAAUUGAACCAAAUCUCCACCUCAUUUCGAUUCCAAUCAAAAUCAAUUAGAGAUCAUCAAACGGAGAGAAGAAAUCGAACCUAAGGUCAAACGGUUCUUCUCUGAUCUUUUCGGGGAAUCGGGGAAAAAGAGAAGGAACCCGCCGGGCGCCCAGUUCUUUCCGAUCAAAAAUAUGAUGUCAUGAGACGAAAGUUCAGUAAUUUUUGAUAUUUUACGAUUUUCUUCUCUCUCCCACAGUUUUUUUGAUUUUUCUAAGAAGGUGAAAAAAAUGGAAUAAUUAUUGGAAAAGUGAGCUAGAAAUAGGAAAAUUGAUUUCGAAAAAUUCCAAAAAACUCUUAUUAAUUUCUAACGUCAUUUCUCUUGAUUUUUCAUAUGACGUCAUCAUUUUCGAUUUUUUUAUGAAAUGCUUUUUUAUGAAGUGGCCACUAGGGAAAUUCCUCAAGGAUAACUUGGAGAGGACACUAUAGUGGCCACUAAAACCACCUCUUUAAAAGUAACUAUUAGGCGUGUUAUUACAGUAGUCACUAUAGUAGCUAUUAAUGGUCUAGUAGCACCUCUUGGACUUCUAAAGAGCCCACUAGAUUUUAUCCACUCAAGUGGUCCCUGAUUUGAACACUAUAGUGGCCACUAAAAAGUCCGAACCCUAAAGUGGCCACUAAGCUGACCUCUACAAAAGUCACGUUUCAGUGACCACUAUAGUAGUUAUUAAUGGUCUAGUAGUACCCCUUGGACUUCGAAAGAGCCCAGUAAAAUCAGCCACUCAAGUGGUCACUAAUUCGACUACUAUAUAGUGGCCACUAAAAAGUCCCAACCCUAAAGUGACCACUAAGUUCACCUCUAUAAAAGUCACGUGUUAGUGGCCACUAAAGUAUUAAUGGUCUAGUAGCACCCCCUGGACUUCUAAAGUGGUCACUAACUCUAACAAUAUAGUGGUCCCUUAAACUUUAAAUCCCUAAAGUGGUCACAAAACCAUCAAAGCUUGAAACUUCGGAUUGACUUUUGAAGAAGCUUUCUCUUGAAAAUGACGCUACACCUUUCCAGGUACCCAUUCUUCAUCGCUGGGAUAAUAUCCGCCAUAUCAACCGUUUUAGUUCCCGAGGCUGCAGUUCUCGGUUUUGGACCUUUGGUUUUUCUCCGAUUCGUUCAGGUAUUCCAUUUUGGAGCUUACAAAGCUUAGGUUCAUGAACUGGAUCGAUCAAACUAAAAAUAAGGUGCUGAAAGAUCCCUUGAGAAGUUCAAAAAUUCACGUUCCUGCAUUGGAAUCGGACCAAAACUAGCUGAAACUGAUAGUCGAGUGGCUAAAGAGCUACUUCAUUACCCAACGGAUCACUAGUUCGUAUCCUUCCACCAUUCAAGUCUUGAAAAUCAAUAACUACGAUUUUUCAGGGAGUCGCCUACUCGGCCGACUUUGCCGCGAUCGGUCUGAUCGUCUCGAGAUGGGCUCCCUUGAAAGAAACGGCGAUUUUCAUCGCGACUCUAACUUCGUUCACCGGAAUCUCGUCCAUCAUCACCAAUGGGCUGAGUGGUGCGGUGAGGAGGCUUGUAUUUGGCAAAAAAUGGAAUCUAGGAGUAGAACCUUUGAUCUUAUCAGUUGGGCUUUAGCUCCUCAGACAGUUUCUGGGGAGGUGUUUCAAAGCUUUCCAACAAUUGGUCAAACUUUUUCCACAUGCCUUCCCUUCUUACCUUCCAGAAGCCUGCUAGAAGGCUUCCGUACAGCAUUUUCAAUUUCAUACCUUCCAACUACCUUCUGAACACCUCCCUAAGGCCUUCUCAAGAUAUUCUAGCUUUCGGCUCACAGCGUUCUCGAACGGGGUGGGGAGACGUCAAAAAUGUUUUGGCGCGAAACUUGAUAUCUCAAGUACGCAGCCAAAUGCAUUCUUCAUGCCGUUGAAUACUCAGUUUAAUUUGCAACGAUAGGUAGCAGUGACGUCACAGUCCUUCUAUUUGAAGCGCGCACUUACUUUUUUUUUAAAUUCAGAAACUUUGACGCCUCGCUCACCUUCUCUCACCCCAUUAGGAACGCCGUGGGCUGGUUAGAUUCCCAACACUUUCCCAGGAAUUACCCAAGUAUUGACUUCUCUGAGCUGGAGCGCCUGAAGGCGUGCCCGAAUAUUUCUCUGCCGCAUGCUAUUUAGUCGUUUUCUCCCAGUCAGAGAGUGAAGAAAUAGCAUGCGGCAGAGAAAAACUCGGGCGCGUCUUCAGUUCAGAGUUUUACUAUGCAAGAAGUCAUGAUAAAGAGAAUAAGAAAGAUGAAACUUUCAAUUUUAACCAUUAGAAAGGAGCUUAUCACCCACUCAGAUUAGAAGCUUGAAAAUGAUAAAAAUCCAACCAAGAAGGACACUUUCAGCUUUAUUAGCCUGUCUGAACUGUUCCAAAAGCUUCUGGCAUUUUUAGGAGUUUAGAAAAGGCCAAAACUCGGAUCAUACCAUAGAUGAUUUAGUACAGAAGUUAUAGGCCAUUCCGCGCUAGCCUGUCACGUUUUUCUUUCCGCCAAAAGGCCAGGUCAAAUUUAACCAACUUUCGCUUCGAGACCUUUAUUUCAUGCCGUUAUAAAAGCAGAAAUUUGAUCUAAUUUGGUAUACGGUCUUUUUGGGGGGAAGAAAAACGUGACAAGCUGGCGCGGAAUAGACUAUAGUCAAGGGUGGCUCCCAAAAAUUUGGAAAAUUUUGAAUAAAAUCAAUUUUCAACCUCCGGGAUGUAUUUUCGGCCAUGAUGAUACAAUUUUUAGAUUUAGAAAGGUAUUUUUAAUUUUAAUUCAGGAAAAAUUGGGAGGAGGGGUCGGCGGCCUUUAAAAUAGUCUGCUUAUGUAUGGAUCAUACAAAUUUGAAUAGAAAUUUCCACAUUAUAACCUGCAUUUUUAUCUUCUACGACUUAAACAUGCAAAAGCUGAUAAGAAUAGGCAUAGAAGGAAGGAGGAACACUUGGAAAAAAAUUCCGAAAAGUUGAAAGUCGAUUUUCUUCUUUAUAAGUCCUUCUUCUGAAUUCAUACAGCCUUUACUUGCCCGCUUAUGCCAACUAUUCAUAGAACCCUCCACAAAAAUUCAGAUUUUUUCACUUCCCAUGAAAAUUUCGAUCAAAAAACCUAUUUUAUCAGGUUUUCCAACCAAAACCAAACCAACUUCCAGAUCUGCGAGUCCUCCCUCGGGUGGCGCUGGUCGUACUAUCUGCACGCCCUGGGCGGCGUCGCCCUGUUCAUGGCCUGGGUGUUCGUCUACAGCGACGAUCCGGCCGACGACGCCAGGGUUUCUAAAAGAGAGCUGUCGAAAAUUCAGAAGAACAAGUCCUCGGCGCAUCUGGAGAACAACUGCGAGGUACCCUACAUGGUCAGUUUUUUUUUUUGAAAAUUUAUGGUUUUUCCUGAAAAUUUAAAGGCGCAGAAGUUGGAAUUUGAAGACUUGAAGACUAAAAAUUGGAUUUUGAACAAAUUUUUUCGGCCUUUUUAGCUCUAAAAUUCUUAUUAGAGUGUUCAAAAUCUAGCUGAAAUAACACGAAAAUGGCAAACUUUCCAAUAAAUAAAAUUUUUUACGCUUCUUUAAAAGUCCCGCAAGAAUUCCAGUUUAUCCUUGUUGAAUAAAAAACUUCAAAAAGUUCUUUUUUAGCCGAAAACUCCAAUUUCAGAAGCUCCUAACAAGCCCCGUUAUUCUGUGUGUAUGGAUCUGUGCAUUUGUCGAAUUAUCAGGAACAAUUCUCAUCACAAUGUACGCUCCAAUCUACUUCAGGAGGGCACUGCAUUUCGGGGUUCGUUUUUAACCGUUGCCUUCAUUUUUGCAGAGAAAGGAUUGAAAUUCUGAAUAUAACGGACUAUUGAUGAGUUGAAAAAAAAAUAAACUUGGAAAAAAGUUUUUUUUUUCGUUUUUUUUUCCUGAGAACUAAGCUUCAGCCUUAAAAAUGUAAGUUUAUUAAAAAUUUUAGAAUGAAGAUGAAAACUUGAAACUUUUUCUUUUUUUUAGUUUUCAAAAUUUUGAGUCUUCUGUGGUUCUAUUUGAACAAUGACCGGUUCUCAUCAAAAAAAAAAUCCGAUGUUUAGAAAAUUUUCUGACCUUCCUGGUAAGUAAAAAAGCAGCUUGAAUGAAACGAAAACUUUAAAGUGUUUCAAAAUUGUCAUUUUGAGCUACCCAAAGAUUUUUCUGGACUUUACACGUCCAUUGUUCUCUGAACUCUUCUAAGAACUUAUUCCCAUUACUCGGACCUUGGUAACGAGAAUCGGACGUGUCGGAGCAUUUCUAGUGAGCACUCUAGUAGCCUCAGAACGCUCAAGGGAUCCCUAGAAUUGCUUAGAAACUUCCGGAGCACUUCCGAUUUCCGUUACGGCGGUCCGAGCAUGUUUUCGAACCUAUGCGCAAUUUUGCAGUUUUUCCGCAAGAUCAUGUACUUAAGCAUGGCUAGUAUGACAAAGUGUUGAGUUUUUCAGAGCUCUUUAAUAAAUACUGAUACUUUUUUAAGCCUCAAGUUGAGACCGCUGAAACCGAAGUUUGGCUUGGAGCUAUCAUUACCGUUUACAUAUCAUUAAGACUUGAGACAUUCACCAUAAAUUCUCAAAUCUAUGCGCAGAUUUAGACUUUUCCGCAAGAUUAUGUACUUAACCAUGGCUGGUAUGACAAAGCAUUGAAUUUUUCGUAACUCUUUAAAAAAUCAUAUUUUCAGAUUGCUGAGACCGGAUUCUGGCUCGGGGCCAUCAUUGCCGUUCAUAUUCCAUUGAGAUUCGUUGCAGCUGUUAUCAGUGAUAAAUUAAGGUACCUAAUAACUAAUUAACAACGAAAAUAAAUCCAACAAAAUUCAGAUGCGUCUCCGAAAUGACCAAGAUCCACAUUUUCAACUCCAUCGCCGUUGGUGGCGUCGGAAUUUUCUUCGCCAUUUUCGGGUGGGAAAAAUAUGAAGUUUUUGUUAUUUUCAAGGUUUUUUUUUUCAGAUUCAUACCUUCAGAAAAUAAAACGGCAGCAGUGAUUUGCUUGAUGUUGCUUGAAUGUGCGACGAGUUUCAACAGUGGGGGAUUCUACAAAUGCGGAACACUUCAUGCCAGGUUUUCAAAGAGAUUUUGAAGAAAAAACCAUAGGAACCGAAGUUUUGAGGCUCCAAGGACAAAGUUUUCGGUUAAAAAACUUUUCUUGCACACUUGAUUUACUGUAACUGUCCCACAGUCUCCGCUGGAGUGACUAGGAUUCAAAGUGGUGUUUCUCAAGGCGCGCCCGACUCUAAACGGUUUCCGCUCUAGGUCAUAAAGGAGUAUAAUCUGUAACGCAACCGCGACGCUUUGAGUCAUUCUUGAUGCGACCGCAAAGUUUGAGUCCCAGAAAGCGAAGAACUAAGAACGUGAAAUCUAGAAGCUUAGAAACAUCUUGUCAUAAAGCUGUCUGACCUUUCUGCGCCCUCUUUUCUUUCUCUUUGUGCGAGGAAGAAGAGACUACAGAGUUUUGCGUAAAAAAGUUUGGAUAAUCUUUCGGAUUCGAACCAACGACCUUUCGAGCUUUAGAAAGAACUCCUACCGACUGAGCUAUCUAUUGUUCAGACAAUUCUCCCACGUCGUCAUCUCGGCAGUGCAGUUCACCAAAUGCGUCGCUUUGUUCACGGGUCCCGCCAUCGUCUCCUUGUUCGUCACCGACGAAUCCGACCGGACUCAGUGGCAACGUGUUUUCUUCGCCUACUGUGCCGCCAUGGUCUUGGUCCGUUUUCUGGGAUUUUCAACUUUUUGGUAGCUUAUCAUAGUUGCGAGUUGUGAAAUUAAGUCUUAGAAAGCUUGGAACUCAACUUUGAGAUUGAAGAAUUGAAAAGAACCUUUUUCUGAUUUUUUGAAGGUUUCUUCCUACCCAAAAUUCCAUUAUUCAUACUGAUUUCAGGCAACUAUUCUGGCCUACUUCUUCUUCACGGACAAGCCAGCCAUCUGGACCGAAGAGGUGACAGUGAAAAAGUCGGAAAAGAGCAAGGUCGCCCCAGCUGUCUAG